AUGGGGAAGCAGCAAGAAACCAUUCUUAUCAUUGGAGCCGGUAUUGCUGGUCUUACAACUUCUCGCCUCCUCACAAACAAUGGAAUUCCCAAUAUUGUCUUUGAGGCAUCGACACCAGAUCGCAGUCAAGGAUUUGCCAUCAGUCUUCAGGAGUUUGGGUACUCGGCACUUCUCGCUGCUCUGGGUGAUCUCCCCCUCAGCAGCCUGAUCAGGGGCGUCGCGCCGGACCGAAAAAUUGGUGGAAGUGGUUGGAUUGACCAGGCGUUGAGGGAUAAUCGAACGGGUGAAGUAUUAGUCGCUCCAGACCUCACAACAACGAAGCAAACAAUUGUGCGCGCGAAUCGUAAUGCACUGCGUCAUUGGAUUGUGGAUUGCGGAGAGGAUGAGCUUGAUGUGCGAUAUGGGCAUAAACUGCAGAGGAUCGAGGGAAAAUUGGGGGAUGUCACUGCAGUGUUUGAGAACAAUGCCAAAUACAAGGGGUCUCUUAUUAUCGCCGCUGAUGGCGUAAAUUCUACCGCCCGGUCCCAGAUUCUCCCCAACGUGGUUCCUGAGGCAAUUCCUUUAAUUCACUAUCAUGGAGAGUUCCAGAUUUCUCACUCUGCCUUUGAUGAGCUCAUUCGGCCCCAUAGUGGACACUCCAAUAUUCUCGUUGGUGUUGGUGACAGAUUCAACACUCCACUGUCAAUCUGCAACAUUACCAAGUCUCAAGUACACCUCGAUUGGUCAUAUUCACGGACUGUUAAGGGCGAAAAUGAUAUUCUAUAUUGCCCCAAUGUCCCAUCCGAAGAAGCAAAACAGAUUCCUCCAGCGCUGCUCGAGGAGUUGGAUACUCUUAGCUUAGCGGAGCCGUGGAAGACUUUCUUGAAUUCAGAGUCCCUCAAGGCCCACCGAGUAUUCCAUUGGACUACCAGGUGUGUUUACAUUACGCAGGAUGAUGCUCGGCACGCAGGUGAGCAGGGUGUCGUCUUUGUGGGCGACUCGUGGCAUGCAAUGCCUAUCUUUGGUGGUGAGGGAGGGAACCAUGCGCUUCUUGAUGGUGUCGAACUAGCUAACGCCAUAAUAACUUCUACUGAGAGCAGUGGAAGGGGUUCCUGGGACAAUGUUGCUAAAAAUUAUUAUGGUGGUGCGUGGAAACGGUCCCAAGAUGCUGUUCGACGGUCAACUCAGCGCUUCUUUCUACUUCAUCGACCAGCCACGGAGUGGAAAGAGAUUUCAGAGAAAAAGAAAACGCUAGCAUGA